UGUCUCGCGUUAUUAGCAUAGCGGAAGUAAAAUUGAAGUACAUGGCUCAAACUCAGAGGCACGUUGAUUCAGUGCACUUCUCGCAGUCAAGACGUAAGGACGUCAGCUCGGCUUAAGUCUUGGAACAGAUCAAGAAUAGCUGCUUAUCUAAACAUAAUGGAUAUGGAGGAAGACUUAAAUUGCAAUCAUGACUGGCUAAGAUAUCUUUUAGCGGACGGCGACUACCUGGAAGAAUGUGGACUGUUUGAUGAAUCGGCAGAUUUUAUCAAUUUUCCACCGAGUAAAACAAAAGUAGAAUUGAAUCAGGAAGACAUGCUGGUAAGGCCCCAAUGCAUCAAGGAAGAUGAAGACGACGCCGUAGUUCCGAUCAGGAACACAUACUUUAAACCACUGUUCAUAACCAGGGAGGUAGAAGUUAAAGUUCAUUUUCUGGGUCUCAAAAAGGAGUAUGAGAAAGUCCAAAGUCGUAUAAACCGUAAAUCAAGGCAGCGACUGACAGACGGAAAAGUCCGCAUAAUGGUGACGGCUGAUGCACAAAUUGGAAACAUUGAAGUUCAGGUGGAGCGGACGCCAAUGGCAACAACUCUCUGUGGUGACGUCACUGGCAAGGUGCCGUUGAAGGUUAAAAUGGGCUCGCAAAAUGUCAAUAAGCAAUACCUUUCCGUUGAUCUCGAUUCAGUUUACAUGUCUGAAAAAGGUACACCAGUUUACAAGCUUUCCACUGUAGAUGCGGAGAGACGUAACCAGUUCCGCCUGGUGGUCACCGUUCAGUUCAUCGACGGAGCCCGCAGUCGGUCGUUUGUCAGCCCAUCAUUUCUCUUACGGAGCCGCAGACCAGAAAGGAAGAAGUCGGAAACAUCCAAAAGUGAAGGGAACAAAAUUGCCCGCUCACCGAAACUAGUGAUAACUGGAACAGUAUUCAAUAGUUGUUGUAGUAUGAUGAAGUCCACUAGUUGUUAAGAAAAUAGCUUCCAUACUCUUUUCAGGGGUUCAGUUAGUAACACGGGGCGAAGUAAUAAACAGCGCAAUAAUAGAGCGAAAACGAGGGAAUUUUGGGUCGAGUCACAACCCGUCCCAAGCCUUCUUGGUUUUACUCCUUCGCCUCUAUCGCACGGUCUUUUCAACGCGCAUCGUUUUACUAACUGAACGUCUAGAACUGGCUGCCGAAUGCAGCAUUAAUCUAACAAUAAAAACUAUUUAGUAUGUAGUGUGUGGUAUAAUUACUACAAAAGCCGAAAAUUUUUAAGUAAUGUUCAAUAAUGAAAGUUAAGGGAUUUUCCAAGCCUCUGAAUAAAAUUAAAUUAACUUCUGAUUUGAAAAAAAGGCUGAAAAGGUUCUUAAUAGAGCAAAGAUGCUGAAAAUGAUCUUAAUCGAUCGUUGUACAUACGGUUUCAGAAACCAGGUAUAAGAAAUUUUCUAGUUGGAUUUUGUAUUUUAAGAAACUGAAAAUAUAUUUGAUAAUGACAUUUUUCGCUUAUUUCAAAACUUAAGCAUCUUUAAUUUAUGAUAGAGCAAUAUGAAGGGGUUUUUUAAAAACGCAGUAGAGAGACGGAUUUGUUGACGUAAGUCUCCGCGAUGAAGAGAACGUACUCCUUUGAAUGAAUGAUUCAUGGCUCCAUCGAAUUCCAUCAUUAUUUAAUUCGAAUGAUGUGACUGCGCUUGACAAUAUGAGAUUUUAAGACUGUUGAAGAAGAAAAGCUAUUUGAAUUGCACAUUUUUUUUAUUUAAAAAAUUUCCCAGUUUUGUAUGAAUGUACAAUGUUUAUUUAAAUGAAAACGUUAAUAAAGUGUACUUAAAAGAAACGUUUAAACGACUGUAGAUAUCAACAAUUGUGAUUCAAA